CCCGGUCCGCAGCGGCCGGAAGGCUUCUCUGGCUUUCGGGCUGGGGGCGGGGGCGGGGGCGGAGGCGGAGGCGGCCGCCGCCCCCUUCUACCGGAGCCUCGUCGCUCAGGUGAGAGCUGGAAGCCCCGAGAUCUGCCCCGGCCUCGUCCGUGGGUGCCCAGAGCGGCUCUGACCAGGCUGGCCUGGGCCGGCACCGAAGCUUCCCUGAGCUGUGUCCAGACCGCGCGCUGCAGCCCCGCACUUCGAGACCCGGGUCAUGCCCACUCCGUGCCCGCAGCUCCACCGCGGAGGAUGUGGCCAGCUGCCCAGCGCAGCCCUGGGGAGCCACGCUCGCCUCGGGGCUCGGCCUCGGAUGCCCAUGAAGAAGGGGAUGGUGCGACCACUCCCACUCGGUGCGUGAUGUGAGGUGCGCCCAACUCACCCCAACUUAACACAACUUCCCAAGAUCCCGGACCGAAACCAGAGCUGGGAUGAUGCUUGACACUUCCAGGCUCGAAAACUUUGGUGUCCUAGUUAGUCCAGUUAGCGACUGCUGGAUGGAAGGCUAACCUUGACCAAGGCCAACGUAGGGUGGACAACUUGUCUGGUUACAGAAUAGCUCCAGAGGAUGGAGGGGACCCUUUCAUCACUAGUCACUUUGAUCACCCAGAGAGAUCCAUAGAUUCACUUUGAUCCAUCCAUAGAGAUCACCCAUAGAGAGUUAGACUUUCUAAUGAGCAGCAAUGGACUCACUUCAGUAAAGCCUGAGAAAAAGAGACCAUCCUCCACUUGGACUGACCCCGAGAUGGGAACUGAAGGUGAUGCCUCCAGUGAAAUAGAGUGUGGGUAUUAUUACAGAAGUCAAAUAGAGAGUUCUUUCCUAGCUCAGCCCACAGAGGAUCCAGAUCUGGCCCUAGAGGGGAGCAUGGAGCCACAAGCAGUGACACCUGGGAACCAGAAGACUCCAUCCCAUGGAUCAGUGGCAUUCAAGGAUGUGGCUGUGGACUUCACCCAAGAGGAGUGGUGCCUCCUGGACCCUUCUCAGAAGGCUCUCUAUAGGGAUGUCAUGCUGGAGACAUCCCAGCACUUGCUCUCUCUGGGGUUUCCAGUUUCCAAAGCAGAUCUGAUUUCACAGUUGCACCGAGAGGAAGCACCAUGGAGGUUGGAACAAGAAGUCCAAAGGAAAUCCUGUCUAGUGCUUUUAAAUGUACCAAGAACUGGGCUGGGGAUCCUAACAGAAGAAGCCGGCCAUUGCCUAGUUUCAGAUGGGGAAAGCACACCUCAGAGAGAGGAGCCUUUUCCAAAGCUGACCAGUUCCUAUGACUUCUCUUUGAAAGAAUCUAAGCACUGUGAUACCAAGUUAGAAAAGAGGCAGCGCAUCUGGGGGAGACAUUCCAGACAAUUAAAAACAAUCCUCAGGAAAACCCCAGAUGAAGAGAGAGAUGAUGAAUAUGAUAAAUUUAAGAGGAAUUUUACCCAACAGUCAACCCUUUCUAUCCAACCCAGAGUCCCCAUAGGAAGGAUUCACCAUGAAUAUGAUGCAGGUCGAAGGACCUUCAGACAACAUUCAGACCCAAUUCAUUGUAAGAAAUUCACCUCAGCGAAUGGACGUUCCAAAUGUAGCAAAUAUGGGGGCUGCUUUAAAGAGAAGCUGGAGCUUGUUCAGGGUCCAGAGAAGCAUGUGGGAGGGAAAGAUUUUCAGAGCGAUCACCGUGAGACAGCUUUCACCUUGAUCCCAGACUUCAUUAGUCAUCAGAACAGACCUCCUGGAGAAAUGCCUUCUAAAUGUCUUAGCUUACACCAGAAAGCUCAUAUGAGAGAGAAAUGUCAUGAAUGUAAUCAAUGUGGGCAUACCUAUUUUCAGAGGGUAGAUCUUAUUAAACUGCAGAAAAUUCGCAGAGCAGAAAAGCCUUGUAAUUGCAAUAAAUUUGGGAAGACCUCCCCCCACGGAUUACCCCUUAUUACAUCUCAGAGGGUUCAUUCUGCAGAGAAACCUUACAAAUGUAAUCAUUGUGCAAAAGUUUUCAGAAAGCCCUCUCAACUUGCAGUGCACCAAAGGAUUCACACCGGAGAGAAGCCCUAUAGAUGUCACGAAUGUGGGAAGGACUUCAGAUGGAGGGCAAACUUCAUCAUACAUGAGAGGAUUCAUACUGGAAAGAAACCUUACAUAUGUAGUCAAUGUGGAAACGUUUUCCAGAAGCCCUGCAACCUUGCAGAACAUCUGAAGAUUCAUACUGGAGAGAAGCCAUAUAAAUGUGAUGAAUGUGGGAAAGCUUUCAUUCAAAGAGCCAAGCUUAUCGUUCAUGAGAGGAUCCAUACUAGAGAGAAACCUUACAAAUGUAAUCAUUGCGGAAAAACUUUCAGACAGUCCUCCCAUCUUGCCGUUCAUCAGAUGAUUCAUACUGGAGAGAAGCCUUAUACAUGUAAUGAAUGUGGAAAGACCUUCAGACAGAGCUCAUCCCUGGUGGCCCAUCAUAGGAUUCAUUCUGGGGAGAAGCCUUAUACCUGUAACGAAUGUGGAAAGGCCUUCAGACAGAGAUCAUCCCUGAUGGCCCAUCAUAGGAUUCAUUCUGGGGAGAGACCCUUUAAAUGUAAUGAAUGUGAGAAGGCCUUCAGCCAGAAGUCAUCCCUGAUGGCUCAUCACAGGAUUCAUUCCGGAGAGAAUCCCUAUACAUGUAAUGAGUGUGGGAAAUCCUUCAGCUGGAGUGCCAACCUUAUUGCCCAUCAGAGAAUUCAUACUGGAGAAAAGCCCUAUAAAUGUCACGAAUGUGGGAAGACCUUUACUCGGAAGUCUUUUCUAACUGUACAUGAGAGAAUUCACACUGGACUGAAACCUUGUGAAUCUACAUGAAGUGAAAAGACUUGUAGCUGGAGAGAAGGCUUUACGAGAUAUCAGAAAACUCAUGUUGUUCAUAAGGUCGUUAAAAUGUAAUGAAUAAAAUAAAAAUUCUCAUGUUUAUAAUUUUUUCUACACAAUAAUAUUCAGAGAACAUAAUUCUUCGGCCAUUCCACAAUGAAUUGGCAACCCCUUUAUCUAAAGUUCUUGCUACGACAAAAAUUGCUACUGUGAAUAUUUUAAUGUAUAGUGGACUUUUAAGCUUAGACUGUGAACCAAAAAAUUAUGAAUAUUUUCAUUUUUUUUCUGGACAAUUCCUUUGGGGUUUUUUGGUAAUAAAAUGGGGGGGGGUGUUAUUAUGAACUUGAUAAAACACCAGCAAAUGAGCAUUUUCAUUUUUAAAAAUAGGACUAUACAUUGAAAUACAAAUCCCCAUUACAUACAACUUUUUGUGGCCUCUAUACCUUGUUUGGUUAAAAAUAAAUCUAUCUCUUUCCCAUAGCUGUGAAAACUA